AUGUCGAAUUCUAGUCCUGCUUCUUCCGGCCCAGAUGGCCCAUCUCCCCUCUCAGGCAGCCCCGUCCCAUCAAGUUUCGACAGCGACCCCGAAUUCUUCGAAGAAUCCCGGACCCAGAAACUAUGGCGCAAGCUCCGACAAGAACCGCUGAUUCCGCUCGGGUGCGCCGCCACCUGCUAUGCGCUUUGGAUGGCAUCCAAAUCAAUGCGGGCCGGGGACCACCACCAGACAAACCGGAUGUUCCGGGCUCGCAUCUACGCACAGGGGUUUACACUGCUAGCCCUGGUCGCCGGCAGCAUCUUCUACAAGGACGAGCGAAUCAAGCGAAAAGCCUUUGAGACAGCGGUCGAGGAGAAGAAGACCGCCGAGAAGCGCGAGCGCUGGCUGAAGGAGCUCGAGGCCCGCGACCGCGAGGAUCAGGAGUGGAGAGCAAACAUUGAGAAAUCCACAAAGCUUGUCGACUAUACUGUCGACCAUGCUGUGGACAAGGUCCGGAACACUGCCUCUGAAUUGGAGAAUGUCGGGAAAGAGGUUGUGCAAGCCGAGGAUAAUCAGUCUACGAAGAAGAAGUCGAGUUGGCAAUUCUGGAAUAAGAGCGUCAGAGAAGAAGUCACUGCAAAGGGUUGGGGCCCGGGCACCUGGGCGAGAAGAACAAGCGAUGCUUGGAGGAGGUUCUGA